AGAAGGAAAGGGCUUUUUGUUCUUCUCUUCCUGAGUCUCUUCUACUCGGUCGUCGAGCUAACUGCGUAACGUGUACGCGCAUAUACAUAUAUUUAUUUAUUUUCCAUUAAAGACCCGCUCCUUCGUGUGCGCGAUGCCCUACCACGCCACGGGUGAGAGCCGGGACUCGUACAUCACCGGGGUGCGUCCCGGCUGCCGCUACGGCGCAGCGCACGACGUCGAGAAGCGCCGCGACAACUUGCCGGACAACGUCUUCAGUUACAUUAAAGAGGGCGCGCAGUGGGAACAGCGGCAGCAGCGGAUUGAUGAGGAGGCCCGGGCACGCACGCGGCUAGAGAUGUUUGCGCGCCCGCCGAAGGCGCGUGGCGGAGCAGCAGCAGGCAGUUCGAGCGGUUCCCCGCAGGCCACCGCUUCCUCACAGGUGCGACGGUUGGAGCAGGAGUCGGCGAAUCGCGAGCGCCAUGCCGCGUUGACGGAGCUGUACGCUCGGGAGCGGCAGGAGUGGGAGGAGAAGCUCGGCAACCGCGGACUGGCGAUACAGCGCGCUUAG